GACGCACCGGAUACGAGGUUGACGCAGGUUCGUGUUCUGUCGGAGCGGCGUCACGGCGGAACAUCUGUGGAGUAAACAACAGUUGCGACAUGUCUUCAGACCUGCUGGUUGAUCUGGGUGAAGACCCUGCCACUGCACAGUUAGGCCAGCUGAAGCUGGCCACCAUCGAGGACCAGCAGUGGCCUGCUGACGACUCUGCUCUCACCAAGUCGGACAUCUCCCAGGACUUCGAUGCCGGCUCCCCCCACCUGCCCUGGGACCACCCCUUCUACGACAUCGCGAGGCAUCAGAUCAUUGAAGUGGCGGGGGACGACAACUUCGGCAGGAAGGUGAUCGUGUUUAACGCCUGCAGGAUGCCCCCGCAGCACCAGCUGGACCACUACAAGCUGCUCAUGUACCUUAAAGGAACCCUGGACCAGUACGUAGAGAGUGACUACACUCUGAUUUAUUUCCAUCAUGGGCUGACCAGUGAGAACAAACUAUCUCUGGGUUGGCUUCGAGACGCGUACCGGGAGUUUGACAGAAAGUACAAAAAGAACAUGAAGGCUUUGUACAUCGUCCAUCCGACCAUGUUCUUCAAGACUCUGUUCAUCCUCUUCAAACCCAUCAUCAGGUUUGGAGAUCGAGGGGAUCUUCAGACGGUCUGCCAACGUGACUCUGGUGAAGGAGGUCCAGCUCAGGUACAACUCAGGUGAGACGGUGGCUUUCAGAGAGAUGGAGGACGUCCACCUGGCUGCUGUGAUCCUGAAGACGUUCCUGAGGGAACUACCUGAGCCUCUGCUCACGUACCAGCUCUAUAACGACAUCGUCAACUUUACCUCUGUUUCCAGUGACAACCAGGUAGAAGUAAUGAAAACGCUGGUGGAAUCACUUCCCGAGGAAAACGCUGCUUCCCUGCGAUACCUGAUCACAUUCCUGGCCCAGGUUUCAGCCAACAGUGAGGUGAAUAAGAUGACCACCAGGAACCUGGCUGUGGUGUUUGGACCUAAUUUGCUCUGGGGGCGGGACAAUGCCAUGUCACUCAGUGCUAUUGGGCCAAUCAACAACUUCGCCAGAAUCCUACUGGACCAGCAGCACCUGGUCUUCACCUAAUCCCCUCCGUCCUCCCCACAGCUGAGACGUCCCCCCCCCCCCCACUCUUCAGCAGAUACAGACCAAUCAGCCAGUACUCCUGUACUAAAGGCAGGCAAACACGUAGAAUCCCAAACUCUGGACCAGUUGCAUGUUUUAGCUGGUUCUGAGCGGUCUGCUAGCAGCGUCAUGUCAUGUCUGUGUACCUGCUCUCAUGUAGACCAUGAACCCUUCAUUUAAACAACUGAUGGCACAAAGCAGCGUUUUUUAGUUCUUUGCUCAUUUUGCUUUAUAGAUGACCUGUUGAGGCGAUGGUCUGCUGCUGGAGUCACAACAAGUCAACAUGGAUCUAUUUUCAUUUAACCGGUUCUGUUCUUCGGUGUGUUUGGACUCUUGUUCUUGACGGCCAGCAGUGAUGACUUCAGUUUGUAUCAGGGUUGUCAUGACGAGCAGUGAUGACAUCACACACGUCCUAAAACAAAAAGCACUUUGGUUUAAACCUGAAUCUUCCGUCGCCCCCCAACCAACCGUUAGUCGGUUUAACGUCUUACUGCCCGUCUCCACCUGAACACGGCGUCUCUUUGAUUUCCCUACAGAAACUACUGCAGACGCAGGUGUCCUGUUGAUGCCUUUGGGUUUUUUCUUUGGUGCCAAAUAAGUUCUUCACAGAUGUUCUGAGUGUUCGUUUGAGGAAGACUGAGGUUUUAGGUUUGUGUCUCUGUGACAGACUCAGGUUAACUCAAAUAUUGUGGACUUGGUACUGAAAUUGUUUGGACAAUCUAUAAAAUGCUGUAAUUAGACAAAGCAGUUGAGUAGCAGCUUUGUGGUUCUGUGUGCAGAUACCAAACCUGACUGUGUGAAAUGUGUGCCGGACGUCACCGCUGUAGCUCCCAGACUGGAUUUGCUGGUCUGGCAUAGACUUUGUUCUGUCCUUUUUGUAAGAUUCUUCAUACGUUACUUUACGAGCACCAUUUGUGGAUUUUCAGGCAUUCCUCUUGGCACCCUAUUAGGGCUACUAUGAUUCAAUAUAUGACACAGCUUAAUUAAUGUUAAAUCAUACUCAAGACAUCCCGAUGCAUGCUCAGUAGUCCAGGUAGAUAAGUCUA